AUGAAUCGAAAGCCGCCUCCGCGACGCCAUGCCUGCGUCCGCUGUGUCCGCCUAAAGGUUCGCUGCGUGCCUGUGGGGAGCACGGGCACGUGCGUGCGCUGCACCCGGCUGGGCCAGUCGUGCACCCUGCCCGAGGCCCCCCAUGCCAACAGGCCCAGGAAGACCCGCAUCGAUGCCCUCCAGGAGCAAAUCGAUCAGCUGGCUGCGCAACUCGGCCACAAGCAAGGCCAAAUUGCCCCUGAAGCUCCGCUCUCCAGCGCAACCCCGUCUACGCACCCGCCAGACUCGCCACCCACUUACCACCGACGGGAAGCCUCCCGAUCUGCCGAUGAGGCAUCAGGCGAACCCGUCUUGGGCGGGCUGGUCGGCUUCCGCGAGGCGGAUGAACUGCUGGACAAGUUCCGCACCCAGAAAAUGCCCCAGUUUCCCUUUGUCAUGGUCGCUGCGGACAUGGACAUCGAAAGCCUGCGCCAACGAUCGCCGUUCUUGCUACUGUGUAUCGUCACUGUUUGCAUGGAACACAAGCCUCUCCUGCAGCACAAAUUGGAGGCGCUUGUCAGGGAGACAGCGGCCACUCGCCUCAUUGUGAAGAGUGAACGGAACCUCGAUCUGUUGCUUGGCCUUCUCGUGCAUUGUGCAUGGUUCCACUACCACUGGCGCACUACACACAUUCACAAGUACAUGUUGCUCGAGAUGGCUCACAUGGUGGUGGUCGACCUGGGGAUCGAUAAAGACGAGAACAUCCGGAUGCAGCCGAUCCCGCCGGAAGGCGCAGAGUCUCAACGACACCAUCAGAACCCCACCGAACAACGGGCUCUGCUCGGUUGCUAUCAUUUGUGCUGCACGUCGACGUUAUUCCGCCGACAGGUGACCAUGAGACACACGAAAUGGAUUGAACAGUGCGUGGAGGAUCUUGCCCGCAAGCCGGAAUAUCCUAGCGAUGUCCUGCUUGGGGACUAUAUCGCUUCCAACAACUUCAUGCGACGCACCCAGUGUGUUUUCGACGAAGAUGUGUGCCUUUGCUCCUACCACCCCCGGGAUGCGUCCUGGGAGCAGAUCGUGGAAUCUAUCGAGCGGCAAGAAAGGCAAACCGACGAACAGCUGUCCCGUCUCAGCCAGUGCGAUAAUUGGGCUCUCCGUCUUGAACUUACCGCACUCACGACCUUGACCUUGGGUCAGGCCGUGCAGCGUCGAAGAGAUGUCUUUCGUCUCCGGGAGAUCAACCGGCUGCAGCAUCUCACUGCUUCGGCUCACCGAGUCCUUUCCACCUACAUCCAGAUCCCCGCAUCCGUGGCUGUACAUCUACCGGCCUCGUCUUAUUAUACCAUCUGGUACGUGAUGCUGGUUCUUGCCAAGGUGAGCUUGCUGUUUGGGAACUACAACCACCCAACUCCAGACAUAGACAGCCGGCGCGUCCACGAGGACGUGCUUGCAACUAUGCGCAAGAUCGAUACGCUCUCUCUUGGGGAUGAUAUCUGGUCGAACUGCCGAGUGAUUAGCAUGGUGGCAUGGCUGGAGAAGAACAAGAAAGAGGCCCAACGUCAGUGCAGCAUCAGCCAUGUGGUGCAGCAUCCGAAUGAGGGCUACGGCCCCGCUCGACCUCCAGUCUCCUGGCAGGGCCCUCCCGCACCCAUGAUAUACGAGGCCCAACCUCACUGGGCACCAGCCCAGCUGCCCGUGCAGCCUGAGCCUGCCGUGUACCUCGAAAGCCUGAUGCACCAUGACUGGGACACGGGCAUCUGGCGGCAGACAUUGGAAGCAUUUACCAUGUUCGGGCCCCCAACCCCACAAAGCCAAAUGGCGAUGCAGUCGCCGUUAGUCAUCUGA